GGAGGACCUUCUGCUGUCAGGCUGCAGCAGAGACCAGAUCCAAGUCACCGGCGUGUCUGGAACUAGCCAUCUAAGUGGGAAGGACGUGCAGAAGCGAAAGAAAACGACGAGAAAGGCCGUUUUCUUGUUGUUGCUGCUUGGUCUCUGCUUGUUCAGCAGAGUUGAAUAGGUUUCCGGAAUGAUAGUGGCUCUGGUUGUGGCGUUUUGCUGUCUUCACCAUACCACCGGUCAGUUAAGGACUCCUUUAAACAAAUAUAUAAGUCAUUAUGAAGAGUUGUCUUAUGACACGGAAGCCUUGCACCAAAGUCACCAGAGAGCCAAGAGGGCACUCUCUCCUCAUGACAUGACUGUGCACCUUAACUUUCACGCUCAUGGAAGACAUUUUCCGUUGCGGAUGAAGCGGGAUACGACUUUGUUUACUCCAGAUCUGGUCAUCGAGGAUUCAGGGGACCAGCCACCCCUUGACACGUCACACAUAUACAGCGGAGAGAUCUUUGGUGAAAGGAACACUCGGAUCCAUGGCUCUGUAGUGGAUGGACGGUUUGAGGGUUUCAUUAAUACCGAUCUAGGCACAUACUAUGUUGAACCUGCAGAGCGGUAUCUUCAGAACAAGAACACGACUGUCCACUCUGUCAUCUAUCAUGAGGACGAUAUUGACUAUCCGCAUAAGUACGGUCCAGAGGGCGGCUGUGCUCACGAUUCUGUGUUUGAGAGGAUGAAGAAGCACCAGAUGUCUGCAGUAGAGGAGUCAGACAAAGAGAUGAACUUUGAAAAGGAGGAUGAAGAAGAAGACACUUAUGGUCCAGUGAUUCUGAGGAAGAAGAGGGCAGCAGAAAAUGAGAAAACUGUCUGUCAGCUCUUUAUCCAGACCGACCAUUUAUUCCUAAAAUACUAUGGGUCAAGAGAGGCUGUCCUUGCACAGAUUUCCAACCAUGUAAGCGCUAUUAAUGCAAUUUAUAUGAACACAGAUUUCAUGGGCAUAAAAGGGAUCAGCUUCAUGGUGAAAAGGAUCAGGAUAAAUGGCACAAAGGAGGCAAAUGACGAAAGUAAUCCUUUUCGCUUUUCCAACAUCGGAGUGGAAACGUUUUUGAACCUGAACUCUGAGCAGAACCACGAUGACUUCUGCUUAGCCUACGUCUUCACUGAUAGGGACUUUGAUGAUGGUGUGCUUGGCUUGGCUUGGGUCGGGUCUACUGCAGGCAGCUCUGGAGGAAUAUGUCAAAAGACAAAAAAAUAUGGUGAUGGAAAGUACCAGUCCCUCAACACCGGCAUCAUUACUGUGCAGAAUUACGGUUCCCACAUUCCUCCCACGGUGUCGCACAUUACCUUUGCGCAUGAAGUUGGGCACAACUUUGGUUCUCAUCACGACAGUGAAAUGGAAUGCAAACCUGGAGAGUCAAAUGAUCGAAACACAAAGAAGCUGGGCAACUAUAUCAUGUAUGCCAGAGCAACAUCAGGGAGCAAAUUAAACAACAACAAGUUCUCACAAUGCAGCCUCCACAGUAUUAAUAGUGUUCUGUCAAGGAAAAGAAACAUCUGUUUUGUUGAGCCUGGCCAGGCUAGCUGUGGGAAUGGACUUGUGGAAAAUGGAGAGGAGUGUGACUGUGGCUACAGUGAAGAAUGUAAAGACCCCUGCUGCUAUAGCGCCAGCGAAGAAAUAAGCAAACGGUGCAAGAUUAAACCUGGCACUGAAUGCAGUCCUAGCGGAGGUCCAUGUUGCUCAAAUGAGUGUAAAUUUAAGAAUUCCAGCAAUACAUGCAGACUGGAGUCUGACUGUGCCUUGAAGGGCUUUUGCAAUGGAAGUAGUGCUCUGUGCCCAAAAUCAAAAGCAAAAGAGGACUUCACCACUUGCAAUUCAGAAACACAAAUUUGCCAAAAUGGAGUCUGCACUGGUUCCAUUUGCCAUAAGUAUAAGCUAGAGGACUGCAUUUGUUCCAGUGAAGAUAUCAUGAAUAUGCCAGCUGAGCUGUGCCAUGUGUGCUGCCAGGAGAGCCUUGACCCCACCACCUGCAGCAGCACAAGUUCUGAGAGAUGGGCCAAAUACUUCAACAAAACAGUUUUAACAAUGCCGCCUGGCUCACCCUGCAAUGAUUUUAAGGGGUAUUGUGAUGUGCUCAAGAGGUGUCGUGUGGUCGAUGCUGACGGGCCUUUAUUAAGGCUAAGGAAAUCCAUCUUCAAUCCAGAGCUCUAUGAAAAUAUCUCAGAUUGGCUGGGGGCUUACUGGUGGGCUAUACUUUUAAUUGGAAUUGGUUAUAUAGUGCUGAUGAUGGGAUUCAUCUGUUUAUGCAGUCCCUUCAUCAAAAGCCACAACAAGAGUUACAAUGACAAGAAACCAUUACCAGUUACCCGAAGAACACCGCAGCAUUCCAGCUCGAGUGUCCGUUACACAGCAGCCAAUCCCAGGAAUACCAGGAGAACCUGAGAUCAAAUUCUGCUUUAUAAUGAGUACCUAAAACACCAAUGGUUUCCUCUAAAGAUUUACCUCUACCUACAUUGCAUCUUCAUGUUAAUGAACAAAGCCCAAAGUUUCUGAGAAUAGAUUGAGCGGCCUUUUUCUCAGAGCCAGAACUACGAUGGUUUCAGGAUUUAUAUUUUAUAAAAAAAAGUUAAAAUUUACAGGGAGGUGCAACUCACUAAGCCUUUUUUUUGUCUUCAUAAUCGAUGUUUUCUUUUAUAGUAUGUGUGUUUGUCACCAUGGACAUGGAAACAUAUCUAUGCCUUUGCAGUGAUCCUAUUGGUUGAAAUGAUUAGCACUUUGCUCCAUUUAUCGUUUUCAACAUUUAUUUUUGAUUCAAUAUCUCAGGAACAAUACAAUAAUAGAAAAUACAUGCUGGCUGCCUUGUAAUGUCUGAAGUUGAAUGACAAGAUUGCAAACGCACAAUUUGGAUGAGAAGAUGACAUCACAAGGGAAUGCUACUGGUGAUAUGGUUUUGAAGUUGCCUUAAUGCUCUGAUAUGUAGAUGAACCCAAAUGUUUGUGCCCCUCUUGAAUGCUGUAUAGUCUACAACUGAUUUUACAAGUCAAUCCUCAGAGUUUACUUUUUUUGCUGUGAUGAUAAGUAUAGAGAAGAAGAACGUGGAGGCAAAAAAUUUGUUUUAAUGACCUCAUAUUUCUAAAAAAUAUAUAUGUCGUGGGGGGGGGAACCAUUACACUGUUUAUCGUUCCCUCCUGACAAACCCAGCAAAGGUAUAAUAUUUGAAUUUUCAGUUCCUUAGUUUUAUUUGCAAUCUCAAUUUGGUAAAACCAAUGCACUGUAAUGAAACUUUUUAGAUUCUGAUGGUAUGACUUGACUGCUACUCUUUACAUUUAAUACUGUAAGUUCCUUAUUCCCUUGUUGAUUUGGAUCUUCUCUAGAAAAACGUAGUUAUCCACGUUACACCCUCUUAGUUUAAUUUGGUUACAUUAAAAAGUGUCGGAGGAGAUUGACCUGUAUCGACAAUCGUCUUAUCCAAAAAGAGCCCCUAUUGAUACCAAGCGAGCGUUAUUUACUAGUCCGAGCUGCUGAAGAAAAGGCUUUAGUCACGAUAGUGUGUGACAAUAGAAUAAAAGCAUAAACGGGUAUUGCAUAGGUUAUAGACUGCUGACACAGAUAUGCAGACAUUUUAUAAAUUGUUUUAUGUUUUACCUUUGUACUACAAAAUUUGUCCUUCACGCACGCAAUCUGCUGUCUUGUGUCAGAUAUAAAGGUGUUACUUCACAGUCAGAUAAACCGGAGUGGACCUCUUUCAAGUUACAUUCAAAUGAAUUUCUCUCAUAGGGGAAGGCAGCUUCAUUAUAAUCCAUCUGGAGGUACUGUUGAAGGGCUAAAAACUGUAAUAAUUAAUUUUCAAAAAUAACUGAAAUAGUUUUAGGUAAAAAUAGACGUCAACAAGAAGGUGCUGGCCGACUUUGUUUUCUCUAAAAGGGGCCAGGAGGAUAUGGAUCAGUGGACAGCAGAAAACACAUUGGCCUCUUUAUAGAGAAAUGUCUUUUAAUGUGAUUACCUCAGUGAUACUAAAAAUGCACUGCUACAAUGCUGUGAACUAAAAAAAAAGAUAUUUUUGUAUUUUUGUCCUUUUUUUUAACUUCUUCUGUUUUGGGGUUAUUUUGGGUUGUGUGUGAUUGUGUGGGGGUAAAUAUUUAAAAUAUUUUAAACUGAGCAAAGAUCGCUGUUUUAAAGAACCAUAAUUAAGAUUUUUUUUAGGGCUUUUUGGUUUAUUUUCUUGGGUGUUUUUUGGGAUUUUAUUUUUCUUGUAAUUUGUUUUGUUAGGUUGUAUGUUGAGAAAGUGUAAACAUAAUCCAGAAUGAUAAAGCUUCUGUACUGGUGCCUUAAUUUUUUAUUGGGUUUUGUACUUUUUCAGUUUCUUCUAUUGUAUUUUUACUUUCUUGUUGAUUUUCUUCAUAACUGCUUUAAAAAAUGUAAACCAUUUUCAAAGUUAAAAUUGAGGUCUUUUGAAAUACUUAAAUUGCAUUAAGAAACCUGAAUUUAACUUUUUUUUUUUGGUAUUUUAUUAAAAUAUUUUAUUGUUGCAAAAAGGUUUUUACUAGAACAGUUUUUCCAUACUGUUGAUUGGUUUUGUUCACCAAUAGGUUGAACUGAAAUCCCUUUAUUUUACAUUGAGUUGGCCUUUUUACAUUCCAGUUAGGGAUUUUAUCUUUAUCCCGUUAAAACACAUGGGGUCACAGUUGAAGCUUUUGUGUUUCUCCAAUAAAACAAAGUCCAACAACAUUGGACAGUGAACCUAAAACUCCUUAAGAAGGAUCAGUGGAAUAUUGUAAUUGUAGAAUUGAAAUGCGUUUUCAUGACAGAUUUUAAAUAACUUGGAUGUACAUCUCUAUGCCUCUGUAGAAGAAAGCAGGUUUUUGUGGUAAAGAGAGCAUGCCUGUGAUGCAUUUAAUGUGUAUUAAAAGCACAAAACGUUU